UUCUCUAUGUGACGUAAUCCACAAACAAACAUUGCUGAUUACGUCAUUGAGUAAACGAAACAUUUUUUCAACAAUAGAAACUAUGAACUCACCGACCAACGGUCAUUAAGUAGGACAGUGAGGUAACCAUGAGAACAUUUGGUGCUCUGUAAGCUUAUAAUAUAUAACAAGAUUUAAAUUCUAUUUGAACAUUAAGCUGGUGAUGCUAUUUUGGUCGAUAUAUAUAUUUAUAACAGAAAACCAUUAGUGGGAAUUGUUCUUGUUAAAUAUUUCGGACUACUUGAUCCUGAGUGUUAGUUCGUUACGAAAAUCGUCUAACUUGAUGAGAACUUAGAUCAAGGCCGGAUUCACGGAGUUGAUUAUUGUUGAUAUUAUCAUGGUUCGAAUUCUUGGAAUAAUAUUAUGUUUAGGGUUGUUUAAAGGGUCGCACUCACAAAGCUCAUGUUCAGUGACACCAGAUAAACUAAACAUUACAAGCCGAACCGGCAACAUAAGUCACCCAGAAAGUGGUGGAUUGUAUCCGAGAAAUGAGAUUUGUAUUUGGACGUUUUUUGGAAAGGAGGGAUAUAAGUUGCGACUUACUUUCUAUUAUGUUGAUUUAAAUGGGAAUACUACUGUGUGUGGUGACCGUUUAGUGUUGCCAGAUGGCAAACCAUUCUGCGAGAGCACUUAUACAAAGUGGUCGCAAGUAUAUACAAGGACAAAUGAGACGAGGUGUAUGCACAAUUCUACUGAUGAAAUAUUUAUAUCGAACACUUCGCCCAAUCCGACCUUAAGCUUUUACUCCGAUUCUACUCAGAAUGGCUACGGGUUCCAACUUUCUUAUUCAAUUGAAAAUUGUAUAAAAGAAAAUGAGGCGACGGUUCCUAUACUGAAGACGACUACUGGUAGCAACACGAAGUUUAAUACAAGGACGACUACUACUAUGAACACCACAAUUUCGGGGACAGUUUUAUCGACAAUUUCGGCUCCAAUUUUACCGACUCUCCCGUCAACAGUUUUACCACCAAAUGUUUCGUCGAUAAAUUCGUCGUCGGUUUCAACAACAGGAAUGCAUGUGGUAAAUCCAACUCCAGUGCCGCGCGCAACUCAAGUUGGGUUAAUAGCAGGGUUGGCAAGCGCAGGAGUUUUGAUAAUAAUCGCCAUCGCGGUUGGUUUUUAUUUUUACAGGCGACGAAGAAAAGAUUCACUUCCUGAAGAGAUAAGCGAAAUCAACGCACCGAACAUGUAUGAAAGCAUAAAACGGCCAAAUCCACAAACAGAAUACGUUGAAGUAAACAGCGCAAUCACUCAAAACAGUCCAAAUAUCGUCAUCAAAAUGAACGCAAGCCCACGAGGGUUUUACGAAAACUGUGGAACCGCCAUUCCACAGAACAGUAUAUUAAACAUAGAUGAUGCACCUAAGGCCCCAACACCAACAGAAGAUACUGCAAAUGAUGAUUUAAAAGAAGGCGGAUAUAUGGACCCUAUACCUAAGCCUCAACCAGUGUAUUUAGAUCUAGAUGGAUCGAGUGAAGACGCAACUUUGUGAUUAUAUAUAGUAGGGUGGGGGAAGACGGGACACCUUCAGCACAUAAUAUUUAAUUAUUCUGAUCACGUUU